AUGUUCCCCGGAGUUUUCUAUGCACUGCUGGCGGGUUUUCUGGGGGCCGUUGCAUCGUCGUCGGCCAAGCUGUCUCUCGGAGCCGAUUACCUGAAAGGAGUUUGCGAGACCGGACUCCGUACGUGGGGAGAGCAGCGGAGAUUUAGACAAGCGGACGAAACUACCGCCUGUGACUGGCUGCAUAUUCCCCUUCGGCUACUGUGUGGUGGGCUGCUCUUCACUUGUAAUGCUGUGAUGUGGACCUUCCUUGCCAAAGCGCUCAGGUAUUCUUCUUCCUCCACCCGAGCCACUGUGACCACAACCGCCUCCAACUUCAUUUCCUCCGCUUUCUUGGGCCAGUUGAUCUUUGGGGAAACCCAGAUAGCAUUGUGGUGGGUGGGGAUCUCCCUGACGUUCUCUGGUCUAUUGGUACUACAGAGGGUCUCACCACAAAAUGGAUACCAGCCAGCUGUGGUCAAGAAAGAAGAAUAAUAAUAUCUCUUGUAUCCACUAGCUGUGUUCAGCCCAGUUGGUGCUAUGGUUUGGUUUGUGUCUCCAUUUAUUAGCCAGCCAGCAGAGUUUCUGCUUUAGAGUAGGACAACAAAGAAGCGAAUGAUGGAAAGAAUAGAAUGAGAUGUCCAUUGUUAUCCCUCUACAAAUUGCUUACGCAAUGAAAUAGAUAUAAAAUUGAUAUGUUAACUGUCAAACCUACAAGCUACACAGCACUUUCCCCUGAGA